AGCGUCACCGCCGCCGAAGAAGAGCGAGAUGCGUCGGUUGUCAUGUGCAGUCGAUCGGGUGGUCAGCUGACGCAUCCGUCUCGCUUCUGAUGUUUACUUACUUUUGUCUUUCGCUUUAACAGGCGGUUGUUUCGACUUUUUUUUGAAUGAAUGCAGCGCUAUGCUCGACCCAGGAGAGUCAUGGUCGUCGUGAACUCGGUGCUGAAGCUGCUGCAGAGGCAGACCUACACCUGUCUGUCCCACCGAUACGGUCUCUACCUCUGCUUCGGGGGGCUCGUCCUCAUGAUCGUUUCCGCCUUUCAGUUUGGAGAGGUGGUGAUGGAGUGGAGUCGCGACCAGUACCAUGUGCUAUUUGACUCCUAUAGAGACAAUGUGGGUGGGAAAUCAUUCCAGAGCAGACUCUGUCUGCCCAUGCCUAUUGACGUUGUGUACACCUGGGUGAACGGCACAGAUGUGGCUCUGCUGAAGGAACUGAAGGCGGUGAAAGAGCAGCUGGAGGAAGAACAAAAAGCUCUGAGGGAACAACUGGGAAAAAAUGCGAACGACACCACAGAAGUGCCAAAAGAUAGUGAUAAGCCUGAAUGCCUGCUGUCCCACUGCAUCGUGGCGCCAAUGCUGGCGCUGGAUCCCGCCCUGCCGGCCAACCUCACCCUCAAAGAGCUGCCAGCGGUCUCUGCCUCCUUCUCUGCUGCCAAAGAGCUGCUGAUCAUGAAGAAACCUUUCCACCUGCCCGUCAGCGUCUCCGUUGUUGUCUUUCAUUCGCAGGCUGAUGCUGAUAAAGCCUAUAAAGAUCUUUCCAGGGAAGUCCACAAAUUUUCUGUUUCCAGAUGCUAUCUUACAACGGACAAAGAGGCUCCGGGUCUCAUCCACACGCAGUCUCUGGCUUACCUGAGCGGCUUUCCGGCAUCGAUCAAGGAUACGGAGCAGCUGCGAGUCAAACUGCCUGCGGCCAUAACCGGCAAGAUCAAGCAGUUUGAGCUGUAUUCAGAGGCCAGCAUCGCCCUGCUUCAGCUGAAAACCCAGCAGGAUUUCACCGAUCUGAGUCAGCAGGCCAAAAAGAACCUGACUCUUGAUGGGAAAGAGUUGAGCAUCAGCCCUGCCUACUUGUUCUGGGAUCUCACAGCUAUCUCCCAGUCUAAGCAGGAUGAAGACGUAUCUGCGAGCCGAUUCGAAGACAACGAGGAGCUGCGCUAUUCGCUGCGCUCUGUGGAGAAGCACGCCCCCUGGGUGCGGCACAUCUUCAUCGUAACCAAUGGUCAGAUUCCCUCCUGGCUCAACCUGGAUAACCCCAGAGUUACCGUGGUGACUCAUCAGGCAAGCCUCGACCCUUCCUAUACCAAGCUGCUCCUACUUCCACACAGAGGGGAUUCUUAUAAAGAAAAUUAUGAUAGAUUAUGAUUUAAUGUGUGUGGA